AUGGAUAUUGUCGACUCUUUGGCCGCGGACAUCUCGGAGAUCAAGAAGAGCACUGAUCGAGUCCCGGUUCUUAAGAAGUCUAUUGCAGACCUGGUCACAUUCCUGCACACUGUCCAUGGCACUGGCAACAACGACGAUGGCGACACAAGCGCAGGUGGACCUGCUGAUGCAAGCAAUGGGAAGCGUCUACGCACAGAAACUCUCGAGAAGGGUGAAGAAUACAAAGCGUCCACGAACCGACCACGACCAUCUGUCGCUGUUGAUAGGUAG